GUGAACACCCCACAGGGAGAGACCGAUCAGACCCAAGCAUAUGGCUAAUCUGCGUUUUAACAGCAAUCCUCAUUAUGACGGGUAUCUGCUGGAGGAUUCAUGUAUCACAGAUUCGUCAGUCGAACGAAACAUGCCACCGAAACUCUGAUCUGUCCGACCUUAAACGAAUGCGGAGCGAUCUCCGUCACCAGUUCACUGAGAUGGAAACGAAGUACAGAUCUAUCAACGAAACCAAGGCUCAAAUCUGUGAAUUGUUGACCAGCAGAAGAGAUCAAACGUGUUCCCAGAACUGGAUCAGAAAUAAAGACCGCUGUUAUUUCAUAUCCACUGUCAACGGAUCUUAUGAUGGAGCAAAGCAGCAUUGUUCAAGCUUUGAUUCAAGACUCCUUGAAAUGAAUUCACAUGAUGAAGCGCUCAGUGGCAUCUUUUCAACAGCCGUGGGACCAAAACGCAAGCACGAACGUCUUGUACAAUUGCAACGUGUCCUGGUGAAUCCAGUGCUCAGCGCCCUGAGUGAAGAUGGUCAGGGUGUCGAAUCUCCUGUCUAA